AUGGCGUCUCUCCAAGAAACCCUGGCGCCCCGCGGCGUCCGACUGAAGAAAGUCUACGAGCCCAAUGGGAAAACAGACAUUGACAUCAUCGCCAUUCACGGCCUGGACACAACCUCGGCAGAGACAUGGGUGUGGAAACCCCGUGACAACUCAUCACACGUCAACUGGCUUUCGGAUAAGAAGAUGCUCCCAAGCCGCGUCGGCAACGCAUCCAUCUGGACCUGCGAUUGGCAAGCUGAUCUGAUUCUGCCUGCUGGGCAGGAGCCGAAGACAGCCGAAGAACUCGCCCGCGAUGUCCUCGCUUGCCUGGAGGCCCAUGUACGGGAACAGAGCUACCGCCCGAUCCUGUUCAUUGCAUCAUGUUUCGGAGGUGUGCUACUGAUGAAGGCCAUGGUCUUGGCACAUUCUGAUAUGGGCUCCGAGUCCCCCCUCAUGAGGGCGGAUCCCCGCGUUGUUUUCCUGGCGACCCCGUUUCGAGGCACGGCGUUCGAGAAAGUGGCGAGCUGGGCCCAGCCUCUUAUGGGCUUGAAACUAUUGUUUUCCAACAGAGCCAUCACUCCGGUCCUCGAACUUCUGAAACAGCCCCCGUCCGAAGGCGGAAUACCCAUAUCUGCCUUCAGCGGAAUUUAUCGCAAUAAUCCGAAACACAUUGGCACCUUCUAUGAGAAGGGCAACACCAACCUCUUCAGACACGUCGGCUUAUCCCCUGAAUUCCUCAAUACCGAGCCAAGCUCUGGCCGUCUCGAUAUCGUCAAAGAUGCGCAAGGCUUAGAGAGACCUCAUAUUCUCAUGAACAAGUUCUCGGGUCCAGAUGACGGGGGCUACGUCUUUGUCCGUCAGAAGAUCGAGGAGCUCCUUGAAGGCAUCCGCCUCUCAUCAUCGUCUGACCUGCGAGAGGCAGAUGAAAUUGUUAGAAAACUGUACCAAGACGGCCGGCUUCGGGUCCGGCGGCUCUCAGGGAAGUCGCUGCCAGUGGAACAAUGCUACAUCAACUUGGCUAUCGUCAAGCGCGCCGCCGAGAAUCGGGGUGACGAGACAGACACGACAGGGGCGACUCAUCACCCGUCAAGCCCAGAACAGCAGAGAGCUGACGAGCUUGAGAGUGUUGGGGUUCAUCUGCGAGACAUCUUCAACGACCGCAAAAACCGGAAAGGGGAAGUCUCUCGACCGCGCAGAAUAUCUGUUCAGGGCCUGCCCGGCGCAGGGAAGACAACUCUUUGCAAAAAGGCAGUGCACGAGUUUGUCGAGAACGGAGCUUGGAAAUUCCUGUUCGACCGCCUUCUGUGGAUUCCUCUGCGCAAUUUAAAGGACCGAGAGGAUCGCUACGAUCUCACGAAGUUGUUUCACGACGAGUUUUUCUCCCAAAACAAUCGGAAAGACAAACUGGUCUCAGCCAUGUGGAGAGCGUCCGAACAAUGUGAAGGGAGCCGGACGCUGUUCGUCCUGGAUGGUUUGGACGAGAUCUGGCAUGGAUUGACCGCCGACAAAGUCAGAUUCUCUUUCGUUAGGCAUCUUCUAGACAUGCCCAAUGUCAUUGUCAUGUCUCGGCCAUCCGUCUCGCUGCCCGACUCCCUCAAACCCUUCGACAUGAAACUAGAAAUACUCGGCUUUGACUCUCAAGACGUGGCGACCUACAUCCAGGCCAUGGAACCGGGAAAUGCACCAAAGAUCCAGGAUUUCCUUAGUGAUCAUUCGCUCAGUCAGGCCCUCAUACGGACUCCAAUUCAUUUGGACGCUCUUUGCUUCGCAAUGCAAGAUGGGCGUGACUACAAGCCCGAAACAACCACAGGCCUUUACACCGCGCUUGAAGAUGGCCUAUCGGAGAGGAGCGCCGAGACAAACAAGACAAAUCUAGUCCAGAGACUUGCCUUUGCUGGACUUGUCAAGAACAAGCAGGUCUUCACCACCGACUUCGUGAAAGAGGCACUCGCAGGCUGUGGCUAUGGUCUGCAGGAGCGUUUCGACUUGCUAUCGAGGUCACCAUUCCUGAAAGCGCUGGACACAUCUGACGUGGAAUAUGACAAGAGCUCUUUGGAGUUCUUGCACCUGAACGUCCAAGACUAUUUCGCAGCACGUUACGUGGUAGAUCUGUUGUUGGAAGGACAGCCCUUCGCUUGCCCACAGACGUCCAGCAACAGGACAGAACCGCUUACUGCGAGGGAAUUCUUCCAGAGACACAAGUACUCUACUCGCUAUGACAUGGCUUGGCGCUUUGUUGCUGGGCUGCUGAGCUCUAAGGGGAAAGCAGUACAAUUCUUCGACGAGAUCGAUAAGGAACCACUAGACCUACUCGGUCCAGCACAUCAGCGACUCGCCAUGCGUUGCCUCUGCGAGUUGCCGCAGUCCGAUGAGGCGGAUUUGAUCAAGCUUCGACGCCAAGUAGAAUCCCGUCUGUCGGAGUGGUUUACUUUCCAGCAGGCAUACAUACCCACCCUUGGGUCGGACCAAGAAUUUCCCAUCCAGAUUCUCAUCAACAUCUUG